AUGAAGCACAUCCUGGCAGGUUUGGUGCUCUCGAGCACAUUUGUUGCUCAUGCGUGGGCUGGGCAACCUGCUCACAUCUAUGGUGUCAAUUUGGGCUCAUGGUUAGUCCUAGAGCCAUGGAUGCUUCCUCAAGAAUGGUUGGAUAUGGGUGGACAGGAAUGUGAAACUUGUUCGUCAUGCAUUGCAUCCGAGUUGUCAUUUGCCAAGGUGUAUCCUGACGCCAUCAACACUAUAUUUGCUAAACACUGGGACACAUGGUUUAUGCAAGAUGAUGUCAAUACACUGAAGGUGGCUGGUAUUAACACCAUCAGGGUUCCUCUGGGAUAUUGGAUUGUGGAGGCUUUAGUCGAUAGGCUGCAUGAAUUAUACCCUCAGGGUGGUUUCAAUUAUUUGCAUCAGGGCUUGAGCUGGCUAAAAGAUGCCAGGAUCCAAGUGAUUCUGGAUCAUCACACAUUACCUAGGGUUCAAAUACCUGGUCAAAUGUUCACUGGAAAUUGCACUACUGAUGUUCAAUUCUAUACUCCAUACAACUACCACCACACACUGGUGUGGACAGCAGUCAUGACCGUGUUUUCUCACCUUGCCCCUGAUUUUGAAAGUGUCUUUGUGAUUGAGGCAGUCAAUGACCCCAUUACAGAUGCUACUAAAACACCUGACUAUGGCACUUUCCAAAAGAACUUUGUCCAAAUGAUCCAUGCAAUUGAGCUCACACUAGGAAUAUCUGUGCCAUCAUCCAAGUUAUUUGUAUCAGUAUCACCUUCCAUCUCAAACAACUUCACUGCUGCACUGAUUGCGACAUUUUCAGCCACUGGAAUCUCGGCAGAGGUGCAAGGGGCACUUUUAGAAGCUGUUGUGAAGAAAUCCUUGCUAGGAUACAUCGACGAUGGUAUACAUAGCUUCAUGGAUGUGAACUACCAGUACAACAACCCCUCUAACCCAGCUGACAUGAUGAUUGGCCCCCAAGCUUAUGAUAACCACGGAAUUGCAGCUCCUGACCCAAUGUCUUACAUGACCAGUAUCUGCAAUUUCAAACAUAUCCAGGCUGAUGCAGCAGUUGGUAACUCUCCACUCUGGUUCAGAGAGUGGGGACUUUCGACACAGUUUGAUGCCACAGACAAGUUCCUCUGCAAGUGGGCUGACACACAGAAGUUAGCAUACAGUAAAAGUGCUGGAUGGAUUGUAUGUGUCCAAUUGAGCACCCUUGCAAGGCAAUGGUCUUACCUUGAGGGGUUGAAACUUGGGUUCUUGACCCAGGACCCUGCAGUGCUCCAUGAUCUGAAUGUGUGCAUUCCAUAUGUGAACAGCACCAGUGAUGGCACUAGUUCAUGA